AUGUCUACAAGGCUCUUAGAUCCGGAUGCAGCCAGAAGGGGAGGUAAAAAUAUUGUGAACGGUGUGCUCUGGUUCCCGUCCCACAAUUACAAUGACUAUGGCGUCUACACGCUGGUAGUUUCCAACCAGUAUGGCUCCAUUAACAAAUCUGUUGCUUUCAGAGAUGUUUCAGACAUACUAAACAACAAAUAUUCACGUUUUAAACCACCUUUCAAUCUUGAAAGUUCGAAUCCGCCGGGAGAUUUUGGUAGUGGUGAAGGAAUGAACGAAAACGCUAACAACACAAAGUAUCUGUUGUUCGGCAUCCUGCUGCCAUCGUCGUUUUUGCUACUGGUUAUUGCCGCCGCCUGCCUUGUGAAACGGAACAACAGCCGAUGCCGCGCCGAGCGGGUCUCCGCCAGUCUGCUUGUGAGGGAGCGCCUCCUUGCGACCAAUCAGAUGGUGGACAACCUCAAUUACUCCUUGCAAAUGGACUGCUUCCGGAGGCCGUCGGUGGUCAACCAUAUCUCGUCAAAGAGUAUCAGCAUUCUGGAGCAGCUCGGCGAGGGUGCAUUUGGUCGCGUCUUCUUGGGCCAAUGUACUCGCUUCCAUAAGGACGGAAACAUUCUGGUUGCCAUAAAAGUACUGAAGGAGAGCCUCACCGCCGAGUCACGUGGUGACCUAGAGAGGGAGGCCGAGUUGUUGACCAGCUUGGAUCAUUCGAAUAUUGUGCAGUUUUUCGGCGUGUGUGUCGAGGGCGAAACGUUCAUGUUAGUAUUUGAAUACAUGGAAGAAGGAGAUCUAAAUAGUUAUUUAAGGAAUCACGGUCCAAAUGCCUGUUUGUUCAUAAAGACGCAAAGUGAAACAGAAAUACUGACAGUUACCGCUUUGUUAAAGAUUGCGAGUGACAUUGCAGAAGGCAUGACCUACUUGGCAACAAAACACUUUGUCCACCGCGAUCUAGCGACGCGCAAUUGCCUUGUCGGAAAGAAACUACUGGUCAAAAUUGGGGACUUCGGGUUGUCCAGAGAUAUCUACAGCACCGAUUAUUAUAAAGUUGGUAACAGCGCCGUGUUACCCGUGCGCUGGCUGCCACCGGAAGCUCUGCUGUACCGAACAUUCACUGUGGCGUCGGACAUCUGGAGCUUCGGUAUCCUGCUGUGGGAGAUCUUCACGUACGGACGUCAGCCGUGGUUCCAACUCUCAAACCAAGAGGUGAUAACCUACAUAACAAACGGCUACUUGUUGGACUGCCCAGAAAACUGUCCCGAAGAAAUAGGAAAGCUUAUGUCGGCUUGCUGGAAGCAACAGCCAAAGGAGCGCAUGCCAAUGGCAACUAUUGCAAAACAUUUGAAACGGAUUUUAGAAUCAUACAUUCCCAGCGACAUAAAAGCCAGUUGAUGCAGAAUGUGCAAACUAUGUUGUGAAGACAUGUCCGCACAAUUUGUAGAAUUGCCAGAGACACGCGUUUCCAGGCGGACUAAAAGCUAAAUUAUACCGUCUACCAGUUUUCUGUUUCGACAAAUCAAUUUACAUACAGUUGUAAGUUCUAUAUUUCAAUAUACAGCAACAAAGAGCACGUACGGGCAUUAUUCUUUUGAUUGUUGAUUCACUU